AUGGCACUUCGCGGACAGACAGCGCCUUUUGGCCCCUACGGCGGCCUGCUGCUGAGCUUUUGGAGGAGGGAGCGUACCGAGGAGACGCCCGAGCGCCUGGAGGCGCUGGGAGCGGGCUCGGGCGCUGCCGACGUGGAGUACGAGCAGUUUGUGAAGGCUAAGGAGAUCCAGAGGGCCAUGUUCCAGGCAGGGAGGGACGGGCGCUGGCUGUGGGCACCGGCUGGUGCGGAGAACAAGACCAUUGUGCACCAGUGCGCGGACACCGAUAUCAUCGAGGCAGCGCAAGGUUCGGUGGCUUGCAUUGAUGGGAACCAGGCAGCAGCUCACGUGGCCUACGCCCUCAGUGACUGCGCCUUCAUUUACCCCAUCACGCCCAGCUCGCCCAUGGGUGAAAUGGUGGACGAGUGGGCUGCCCAGGGCCUCAUCAACUGCUACGGCCAGAAGCUGAGUGUCACGGAGAUGCAGAGCGAGGCUGGUGCGGCGGGAGCGCUGCAUGGCUCCUUGAAGGCGGGCGCCUUGGGCACGACCUUCACUGCCAGCCAGGGGCUGCUGCUGAUGAUCCCCAACAUGUACAAGAUCGCUGGGGAGCUGCUGCCCUGCGUGAUGCACGUGGCGGCGCGGGCCCUGGCCGGGCAGGCGCUGUCCAUCUUUGGGGAUCACUCAGACGUGAUGGCCUGCCGUGCCACGGGCUGGGCGAUGCUGGCCUCAGAGUCCGUGGAGAUGGCGCAGGUGAACGCGCUGGUAUCGCACCUGGUGACCAUGGAGAGGCGUGUGCCGGUGCAGCACUUCUUUGACGGCUUCCGCACCAGCCACGAGGUGAACAAGGUGAAGCUCAUCGACUACAACACCAUGAAGAGUUUCAUCAACUGGGAUGCCAUCAAGGAGCAUCACGAUUUGGCCAUGAACCCAAGGCAUCCCCAUGUGCAGGGCACCUCGCAGGGCCCCGACAUCUUCUUCCAGUGCGUGGAGGCAGGGAACAGCUUCUACGACGGGCUGGCGGAUCUGUUCGAGGAGAAGGGCAAGCUGAUCCAGCAGAAGACGGGUCUGCACUUCGCCUUGUACGGCUAUGAGGGCCACCCGGAGGCGGAGCGCGUGGUCGUGGUCAUGGGCAGUGCAGCGGUGACCUGCGGGGAGACGGCGGACUACCUCUCCAAGAAAGGCGAGAAGGUGGGCGUGCUGAAGGUGAGGCUCUUCCGUCCCUGGGACUGCAGCCGAUUCCUGGCCGCGCUCCCCACCACCACGAAGCGCAUUUGUGUGCUGGACCGGACCAAGGAGCCUGGCUCCCAGGGUGAGCCCCUGCUGUUGGAGGUGGCCGCCACCCUCCAUGCCAGCGCUCACUCUGAGGUCAUCGGCGGCCGUUACGGCCUGGGCUCCAAAGAGUUCACGCCCAACAUGGUGCUCUCCGUCUUCGAGAACUUGGGAGCGGAGACACCCAAGCCCCGCUUUACCGUGGGCAUCAAUGAUGAUGUCACGCAUCUGUCUUUGCCUGUAGGUCCCUGGCUCAAUGUUUUGCCUGAGGGCACCACUGAGUGCAUGUUCUACGGAUUGGGCAGCGACGGAACCGUGGGCGCCAACAAGAGCGCGGUGAAGAUGAUCGCGCUCGGGACAGAGCUGCAUGCCCAAGCCUACUUUGAGUACGAUGCCAAGAAGAGUGGCGGAGUCACCAUCAGCCACUUGCGCUUCGGCCCCAAGCCGAUCCACGCUCCAUACAAUGUGCGAGCCGCAGAUUAUUUGGCCAUCCACAAGCAGAGCUACGUGCAGCAGUACGACAUGACGAGGUAUCUGAAGCAGAAUGCGGUGUGCGUGAUCAAUUGCUCGUGGGGCAAAGACGAGCUGGAGAAACAGCUGCCGGCGAAAAUGCGCAAGGACUUGGCCAGCAAGGGAGCCAAGCUCUUCAUCAUCGAUGCAACCAAGAUCGCUGUGAAGGCGGGCUUGGGCAAACGUAUCAACAUGAUCAUGCAGACGGUCUUCUUCAAGCUGAGCGCCGUGAUGCCCUACGAAGAGGCAGUGGAGAUGCUCAAGAAGAGCAUCAAGAAAAUGUACGGCAAGAAGGGCGAUGCGGUGGUGAAGAUGAACAUCGACGGCGUGGAUGCCUCCAUUGAGGGCAUCAUCCCCUGUGAGAUCCCGGCAUCUUGGGCACAGGUGGAGGUGGAGGGCGAUACCGGCGCUGCCCAACGCAAGAUGGGUCCCUACGCCAAGGGUCCUCGGAUGUUCCCUGAGCUGCAGGAUGCCGAACAGUUCGCCAAGCAGGUGCAGGCCCCUUGCAACAGCCUGGACGGCAGUGCCCUGCCGGUGAGCGCCUUUGUGCCAGGCGGCCGUGUUCCGCUGGGCCACCAGCCAGUACGAUGA